AUGGCAGAAGUCUUGGCAGAUGAGCUGUACAAAGACAGAGUUCGUAUUUUUCAGGAAUAUUUAGAACAUGAACCGUCAGAUAAUAACGUUGUCGUGUACCGUGAAGCGAUAAUGCGCAUGCUAAAUACGGGAAAACGCAGACUAAUCGUAAACCUUGACGAAUUAAGAGAUUAUAACAAAGAACUUGCCGAUGGGAUCCUUUACAAGCCUAUGGAGUAUUGUGAUGCCUUUAAUGAAGCUUUAGAGACGGUCGUUUCGACUAUGAUGGAUCCUAUAGUACAUGUUGAAUUACAAGGAAAAAAGUUUUACAUCGGCUACAGCGGUUCUUUUGGUGAGUUUCACGUUACACCACGGACAAUUCGUGCAAAUCACUUGAACAAAAUGAUUUCUCUUGAGGGUAUUGUGACUCGUUGCUCUUUGGUUCGACCAAAAGUCAUCAAGUCAGUACACUACUGUGAAGCAACCAAACGACAUCACAUUAAGCAAUACGCCGAUGCAACGAUGAAUGGAGGUCUUUCCUUUCAAAGUACGGUAUAUCCUACACAAGACGAAAACGGAAAUCCUCUUUCCAUCGAGUUUGGAUACAGUACUUUUCAAGACCAUCAAACUAUUUCACUGCAGGAGAUGCCUGAGCGUGCACCCCCCGGUCAGCUUCCUCGUUCCAUUGACAUCGUACUUGACGAUGAUUUGGUUGAUACCGUGAAACCAGGAGAUCGGGUUCAUAUUGUUGGUCAAUAUCGUUCUAUGGGUGCAAAGAACACAAACAAUACAAGUGCAACUUUUCGAACUCUUCUCCUGGCUAACAACGUUGUAUUGUUGGGUACAAAAUCAAGCCUUAGUGGGGACACCGGUGCAAUUAUGAUCACUGAUGCUGAUGUCCGUAACAUUAACAGACUCGCUAAAAAAAAGAAUAUAUUCGAACUCCUGUCUACCAGUCUUGCACCUAGUAUCUAUGGUUACGAGUAUAUCAAACAAGCUAUUCUAUUGCUGCUUUUAGGCGGUACUGAAAAAAACCUCGAAAAUGGUACACACAUUCGUGGUGAUAUCAACAUCCUGCUAGUGGGUGAUCCUUCUACCGCAAAGUCCCAAAUGUUGAGGUUUGUUUUAAAUAUCGCGCCGCUAGCAAUAGCCACAACUGGUCGUGGAUCUUCUGGCGUUGGUUUAACUGCUGCCGUCACCACUGAUAAAGAAACUGGUGAGCGUAGAUUGGAGGCCGGUGCAAUGGUCCUUGCUGACCGUGGCGUCGCUGGAAUUCAUACAUCCUUGAAUGCGCGUUGCAGUGUUUUGGCUGCAGCAAAUCCCAUUUAUGGUCAAUACGAUACACGAAAGGAUCCAACUCGAAAUAUCGCUCUCCCUGACUCAAUGUUGUCGCGUUUUGAUUUACUCUUUGUCGUCACCGACGACGUGGAUGAUGUGAAGGAUCGAGCACUUAGCGAGCAUGUACUUCGCAUGCACAGAUACACUCCUCCGGGAGUAGAGGAGGGUGUUCCUGUUCGUGAUACUAUCGGUAAUGUUUUAUCAGUGGGAGUAAAUAGUGCAGCUGGCGUUGGUGCAACUGGUGCUGAUGAACCUGAAAAAGAAACCCCCGUGUGGGAAACUUUCUCUUCUCUAUUACAUGCAAAUGCACGGACGAAGAAAAAGGAAAUCUUGAACAUAGCAUUUGUGCGUAAAUACAUUCAAUACGCAAAAACUCGUAUUCGCCCCGUGCUUUCCCAGCCCGCAGCAGACUUUAUUGUGUCCACGUAUAGUGCACUUCGAAACGAUGAACUUCAGGGUAAUCAAAGACGUACAAGUCCGCUUACGGCUCGUACUCUAGAGACCCUUAUUCGUUUGAGUACCGCGCAUGCUAAGGCAAGACUUAGCCUUUCUGUCGACGUUAAGGAUGCUCGAGCCGCCGAAAAGAUUUUACGGUAUGCACUCUUCCGUGAAAUUGUGAAGCCGGAAUCAAAACGUAAGAAGCAACGUUUAGAAGCACAGAGUGCUUCGAGUUCUGAAGACGAAGAGGAAGCUGUUACGCAGCGUGAUUCUUCGUAUAGAGGCUCUCAGACCUCAACGGCUACUACACAGUCUACUCGAAAAACUCGUUCACAAACAGCCGCAACACCUAUUGCUGGUUCUAUAUCUGCCCAGGCACCUUCGUCGGUGGAUGUUGCAAUGUCUGAAGCGAAUGACUCUCUCGCUGCAACAGAAGGAGCAACCGUGUCUUCUGCCGAGAAAACAACACAGAAUUCGUGGCCUUCUACUCAUCUCUCUCUUGAAACAACGACAAAAGAUUCUAACACAACCGAGUCACAAGAGAGAGUGAGCACGACCUCGCAAGCUAAUGCGGAGCUUGAUCAUUUGCCCCGCGACAAAAUGACUGUAUUUACAGCUCGGCUUGCCGAGCUUACACGGACGGAAUUGUUUGCUGAAGAGUGUGCAUCGCUGGAUGAUUUAAUACCCGCUAUGAACAGGGCCUCCGAUGUUCAGUUUACUCGUGAAGAAACCAUUUCUGCCCUACGUGAAAUGGAUUCUCAAAACAAAAUUAUGUUUUCCGACAAUGUUAUCUAUCGCAUUUAA